CGGAACCAAAAACAAAUAAACAGACAAAACAUGCUCGCGAUCCACCCCUCCAAGGAAACCCCCGGAACGAUCCACCUCCUCCCCUGUCAUGUUAAACAUACCGGGAGUGCAAACGCUACGAAGCAUUGGGUUGUGAAUGCUGGUGAAGUUGACGGUUUCUAAUUCCCACUCUUUUCUUUUCAUGCUCGGUUGGGAUGUGCUAAUUGGGGGUGUGGCGUGGUGUGGGGUUUGUUGGGUCGGGCUCGUAGGGACUAAAGUUGCGCAUUUUCGUGGGAGGAAGUUAGUUGGGAAGCCUGUUUCGCUGCCGGAGGGGUAUUCUGGGCAUGUAUUAACGGUUACGGAUGAAGCCCCCAAGGGUGCGAUUGAGAAGUCGAAGAGGAAUCGGCCCAUGGAGGAGGAGGGAGAGGAGAAGAGAGAAGUCAAGGUGUUUAAGGGGUUGGCGAAUUUUGAUGAUGUGGUGGUUUGGGGUCAUGAUAUAGCGCCAGAGGAGGGUGGGGAGUAUGUUGUAAAGGGUAUGAAUGAGUGGGUUGGGCUGGCGAGCAAGAUUCACAGCUUUGGGGAUGAGGGCGAGGAGUCGGUGUAGAUGAUUUAUCAUAUUAUGAUAGCGCUGGAGGUGAUUGUUCACGGGAGUUAUCAGGGGUCUAGGUUUCAUCGAUCUGACGGUUUUCCCAUGAGAUUACUUGUAAUGUACUGGGUUAGAAUACCGGUAGACUGCGGCAUCGUCAUUGUUGAAGAGAGUAUGAUAAUAUGAUAUCAUGAGGAAAGCCGUUUUCCCUCAAUGCUCAUAUCAUAAUGGAAAAUAGAAAC